GUUCUCUCUUCAUCUUUUCCUCACAAUCACUUUCUUUCUCAUUCUCCUUUCUCUUCUUCCCACUUGUUGUCUCUCUCCAAAACAAGAACCCUAAAUAACAUUCAUCUCAUCAAUUGAAGAAGAUGCCAUUGAAGAAACCAGAUUCGAUCCACGAAGAUGACUGUUUAUUCGCCGUUGAAUACGACGGUCCUCCGUUACCUUACGACAUCCCACGCGCCGUCCCAAUCAACAUGGACAGAAUCCCCGUCGCAGCCGUCGUCUCCCCCGUCUGCAUCUCCUCCACCAUGUCCUUCCCCGUGAUUCAACCCAUUCUCUCCAUCGAUAAAAACACCAAAAGCCUCUCUAGAGACAAGAUGGUCUCUCCGACAUCUGUAAUCGAACUCGUCUCCGAUUCCACCACCGUCUCACCAACCGAAGAAGUCUCUGGGGAGUUUCACGACGAGGUUAGUGAAGAAGACAGAGAGAAAGAGAGCUCUUGUAACGAAUCUGUUUUGAGUAUGGACUAUCCUUCCUCUAGGGUUACUGGUGAUUGCGUUAGUGAAACUGGUAAGAAGCAGCAACAGCAAGUUGUUACUUUCUUAGGUAUUGCUUCUGAUGAUGAUGAUGAUGAAGAGAAUGAUUGUAAUAACGACAAGAGGGUCCCUCGUCGUGUUGUUCCGGUUAAGAAACAGCCUCAGACCAAAGGCAAAAAAGGUUCUUGUUACAGAUGUUUUAAAGGGAACAGGUUUACGGAGAAGGAAGUGUGUCUUGUCUGUGAUGCAAAGUAUUGUAGUAGCUGUGUGCUUAGAGCUAUGGGAUCUAUGCCUGAAGGGAGGAAGUGUGUUAGUUGUAUUGGGUGUCCUAUUGAUGAAUCGAAGCGUGGGAGUUUAGGGAAGUGUUCUAGGAUGCUUAAGAGGUUGCUUAAUGAUUUGGAGGUUAAGCAGAUUAUGAAGACUGAGAAGUUUUGUGAGGCUAAUCAGUUACCUGCUGAGUAUGUUUAUGUGAAUGGGCAGCCUCUGUACCCUGAAGAGCUGGUUGCGCUUCAGACUUGCUCUAAUCCUCCCAAGAAGCUUAAACCUGGGGACUAUUGGUAUGAUAAAGUGUCUGGACUUUGGGGAAAGGAAGGAGAGAAGCCUUAUCAGAUCAUUAGUCCACAUCUAAACGUUGGAGGUCCUAUUAGUGCAGAAGCUAGCAACGGAAACACUCAAGUUUUCAUAAACGGAAGGGAGAUUACAAAAGUGGAGCUACGGAUGCUGCAGUUGGCAGGAGUUCAGUGUGCUGGUAACCCUCAUUUUUGGGUGAACGAGGAUGGAUCUUACCAAGAAGAAGGACAAAAGAAUACAAAAGGAUACAUAUGGGGCAAGGCUGGGACCAAGUUACUCUGUGCUGUAUUGUCUCUUCCUGUUCCGUCCAAAUCUAUUGCAAAUGCUUCUGGAGACCAACUCCACAGUGCAAACAGCAGAAGCAUUUUGGACCAUCUUGAGCACAGGACUUUGCAGAAGAUUCUAUUGGUUGGAAACAGCGGUUCUGGAACUAGCACAAUAUUCAAACAGGCAAAGAUACUUUAUAAGGACAUACCGUUCUUGGAGGAUGAGCGUGAAAACAUUAAGGUGAUUAUCCAGACCAAUGUGUAUGGUUAUCUUGGUAUGCUUCUUGAAGGCCGUGAGAGGUUUGAAGAAGAGGCUCUUGGCGUCAUGAACACAAAGCAGUCUCUCAUUGAAGAUAAAGAAGGAGAAGCUAAAACCAACAUCUACUCCAUUGGGCCAAGGCUUAAAGCAUUUUCUGAUUGGCUGCUAAAGACUAUGGCUGCUGGAAAUCUCGGUGUGAUUUUCCCUGCAGCUUCUCGUGAGUAUGCCCCACUGGUUGAAGAGUUAUGGAGAGAUGCAGCGAUCCAAGCUACAUAUAAGCGGAGAAGUGAGCUUGGACUCCUUCCCAGUGUCGCUAGUUACUUCUUGGAGCGGGCUGUUGACGUAUUAACACCAGACUAUGAGCCAUCAGAUUUGGAUAUACUAUAUGCAGAGGGAGUUACUUCGUCUAGUGGUCUAGCUUGUCUUGAUUUCUCAUUUCCACAGACUGCUGUUGAAGAGAAUCUUGAUCCUUCCGACCACCAUGAUUCUUUACUCAGGUACCAGUUGAUAAGAGUACCCUCAAGAGGCCUCGGUGAGAACUGCAAAUGGAUAGACAUGUUUGAAGACGUUGGGAUGGUUGUGUUCGUUGUUUCGAUGAGUGACUAUGACCAGAUCUCAGAAGACGGAACAAACAAGAUGUUACUCACCAAGAAACUCUUUGAAAGCAUUAUCACUCACCCCAUCUUUGAGCACAUGGACUUCCUCUUGAUACUCAACAAGUACGAUCUUCUCGAAGAGAAAGUGGAACGUGUUCCUUUGACACGCUGCGAGUGGUUCCAAGACUUUAACCCUGUGGUCAGUCGUCACCGUUCCAACAACAACAAUGGUAAUCCCACUUUGGGUCAGCUCGCGUUCCAUUACAUAGCGGUCAAGUUCAAGCGGUUCUACUCUUCCUUGACUGGUAAAAAGCUGUUUGUUUCUUCUAGCAAGAGUUUGGAUCCAAACAGCGUUGAUGCGUCUCUCAAGUUAGCAAUGGAGAUUCUGAAAUGGAGUGAGGAGAGAGCAAACAUUUGCAUGAGUGAGUACUCUAUGUACAGCACCGAGCCAAGUUCCUUCUCAAAUUGA